ACAACAAUUUUAUCGUAGUAAACAUCACACAUAGUUCUUUCCAAAACGAUUGUUUAGCCUAAAACAUGUUGAAGAUUAGCGGACUGCCGGUCAGUUUAUUAAGUGAUGAGCUGUUUCCUGACAAAAGCAGUUUAUUCAGCGUACUGAAAUAUCUCCGUAGACAUCCAUUAAAAAAACGUCUCCUCGCCAGUGUACCGCCCAUAGAAUGUAUAUGGGACCGCCGCGUUAUGCUAUUUUAUGCUAAUCUUGUAGGGUAAACUAUGAAGAAGGGCUCUGGCUGAACUUUGGCUUUUGAUGUCUUGAGAUAAGGAAUCAUAAUGGCUGGAGUCUUUGGACCGCCUUUGUGUUUAUGAACCGUUUCCUGAACAGCUUGGAUUCCUUAACUGCGUUAUUUUUUUUAUACUAUUAUUUCUCUGAAUCCUAUGCACGUAGUUCAGCGAGCUGCGGAGGACUUGUCUUAUCCAAAACGCUGUCAUUCUGGACAAAUGAGACACCACAGAAUCUGGAUGUGUUGCAAUGGCUCUUGGAGUUGACAAGACCUUUUCAGACCGCUCCUUGCAGAUGGAGAACAAGAACUAUGGGAGGUGGAAGACCAGGAUCCCGGAGUUAAUUCACAGUGAUCACUCAAGAUCACUCAGUCAUAGAGCAAGUCAGGUGUCUAGGCCUGCACAUGUCCAGGAGGUCAAGGAUUCAGAAAAAGAGCAGAGUGGUUGCAAAAAGACAGUCACCAUGGCACCUCUUUCCAGGUAUAUGACAGACAGAAGCCUCUACACCAUGAGAAAACCACUGAUCUCCUCACAAAACCAGAUGCCCAUCCUGAAGAAUCCAUCCAUGCAUGUAGACUCAAAAAGGGAAGCUCAGAUGAGCUAUAAAGUAGAUUCCCCUAAAGAAAAGGAAAAAAAUCUUCUUAAGCAAUCCGUCAGGGGAAUCACAGAUGUUUCUCUAUCUUAUACAUUCUCUCCACCAAUGUCUAGAGAGGACCUGAAUACCUCCAUGAGCAAAUCAGACCUCCGGCUGUGGUCACAUGAUGAUGAGCCUAUUUUUAACACAUCAGCCAACAAAUGCAGCCUGUCUAGUCCUCCUUUAGCUUCUAUGAGCCUCACUGCACCCCCAGUGCCUAAGUGGAUAUCCACUCCUCGAAACACUUCGUCCAACCAUACUUCUCGUUUCACCAGUAAUGUAAAUACAAGAGCAGGUGAGAUGGAGAGAGGAAGAGAUUCUCUUCUUAACACCAGAUCUUCCCAGUAUUUCAGUAAGAACCACCCACUUGGACUCAAACACAUGUCCCCUUAUCAGGCCAACUAUUGGGCCUGUGCCAUCCCCAACACCAUGCCACCCUCUCCAGACCGCAAAUCCUCAAACUGGGAUCCUGAAAAGGAAUACCAGGCACUUCUGGACUAUACAUACCCUCUGAGACCCAACAUGGCCAAUACAUGGGGUUUACCCGAGUCAGAGUCUCUGUUACGAACUGAUCCACUGUUGCAAGACUCUGGCAUUGAGUUAGACCGCUUUUGCAGCUCUUCUACCCUGUCUUGUUUGGACCUAUCCCAGACAGGGACUCGACAGGGAAGGUAUAGUCCAGCAACAGGCAACAAGUCAACAGAAUUUGGGGGUCUAAAUCUAAAGAAACGAUCACAUUCUAAGUCCUCAGAUGGCAUACUGUCCAGUAGCUUGUACUCUUCACUAGAUCAAGCUGGCUUGUCUGUUGAGAGUCUGGACUGUGAGAGAAAGCCAGGGGUUCACUACCGUAAAUUUGGUACCUUCUCCACAUUCAGGUCUGUCCCCACAUUCAUUAGUUCAGCACACAUUCUGCCCUGCCGUGAUUCACAGGGUGAAUGGGAUGAAGAGUUUCUUCGCCUUCCUGAACAGCUUCAAGAACUUCAAGUGCUUUCACAGCAGCUGAGGGACAUUAGUGCUCAGAUGGGCCAGCCGGUGACCACCAGCUGGGAAUCUCUUGAGAGCGAGAUUACAUCUCUCAGGUCACCAACGGUUGUAGGAAAGCAGGAACUAUUGGUAGAACAAAGAGGUAAGGAAAAUGAUGAAGUAGAGAGGGGAUAUGUAUCGGAAGUCCCUCUUCAGAGUGAGGAUCAUUUAGAGGAGGCAAAGGAGCCUGGUACCCGAAUUCAGAUGAUUAGCCAAGAGGUGAACCGGAGUAGCCUGAGGGAGGUGGAAGCCAUUAUGGAUCAGCUGAGUGGGAUGUCUAUGUCUGAGCUUCAGUGGAUGAUACCAACAGACCAGGAUGAAGAGGAGACCAAGGAGUCACUCAUACAGCACAUACAAGCAUUUUGCUCAAACCUAGAAAAGCUGGUCCAGUGGCUGUACAAGGUUGUAGAGAAAGUGGAGGUUCUUUCUCCACCCAUGGUUGACUUGGAGAGUGUCAAAGCCUCCUUAGCUGACUACAAGAGUUUUCAGGAAGAAGUCCAGGCUCAUAAGCCCCUCACAGCAGAUAUCCUGCAAACUGGAGAGAUGCUUUUGCAUUGCAUGAACUCAGCCUCUCCAUUUCUGAAGGAGACACUGAUGCUCAUAGAGAGGCAGUCUCAUACACUGGAGACACAUUCAGAGUAUCUUUUCUCCUCUAUUCUGUCAGCCAUGGACCGCCUCACUGGCCCCAGGACUCAGGAAGCCUCAGAAGGGAUUUCCUGAGAAUUAUCUGCUUGCAGUUUUAUCCUGAACAGUCUGCUUGCUGCCUUCGAUAAGACAUCCUUUUUGUGCCCCUGGUGUUUUAUCAAGUCCAUAUGAAGAGGACAAUAACUUUCAAUCACUAAAUACAUGACAAACAUGUUAGCAUUGUUUCCUCUGUUUUAGACUUUAUAAUAUGUUUGUUUACUGUAUCCAAAAGUGGUGUUAUGUUUGCUGUUUCUUUGAAUCUCACAGCUUGUGUUGUCACAACAUAUACCGAUCAGCCCCAACAUUAAAACCACCUGCCUAAUAUUGUGUAGGUUCCCCCCAUGCCGCCAAAACAGCUCUGACCCAUUGAGGCAUGGAGUCCACAAGACCUCUGAAGGUGUCCUGUGGUAUCUGACACCAAGACGUUAGCAGCAGAUCCUUUAAGUCCUGUAAGUUGCGAGUUGGGGCCUCCAUGGAUUGGACUUGUUGGUCCAGCACAUCCCAUAGAUGCUCAAUUGGACUGAGAUCUGGGGAAUUUGGAAAGAGUCAACACCUUGAACUCUUUUGUCAUGUUCCUCCAACCAUUCCUGAACAAUUUUUGCUGUGUGGCAGGGCGCAUUAUCCUGCUGAAAGAGGCCACUGUCAUCAGGGAAUACCAUUACCAUGAAGAGGUGUAUGUGGUCUGCAGCAAUCUUUAGGUAGGUAGUACAUGUCAAAGUAACAUCCACGUGAAUGCCAGUACCCAAGGUUUCCCUGCAGAACAUUGCCUAGAGCAUCACACUGCCUCCGCCGGCCUGCCUUCUUCCCAUGGUGCAUCCUGCUGCCAUCUCUUCCCCAGGUAAACGAUGCAAACGCACCCGGCCGUCCACAUUCUCUAAAAGAAAACGUGAUUCAUCAGACCAGGCCACCUUCUUCCAUUGCUCCAUGGUUCAGUUCUGACGCUCACGUGCCCAUUGUAGGCACUUUCGGCAGUGGACAGAGGUCAGCAUGGUCACUCUGACCGGUCUGCGGCUACGCAUCCCCAUACGCAGCAAGCCGCGAUGCACUGUGUGUUCUGACAUCUUUCUAUCAUGGCCAGGAUGAAGCUUUUCAACAAUUUGUGCUACAGUAGCUCUUCUGUGGGUUCGGACCAGACGGACUAGCCUUCGCUCCCCACGCACAUCAAUGAGCCAUGGGUGCCCAUGACCCUGUCGCCUGUUAAGAGUUGUCCUUCCUUGGAUCACUUUUGGUAGGUACUAACCACUGCAUACUGGGAACACCCCACAAGACCUGCUGUUUUGGAGAUGCCCUGAUCCAGUCAUCUAGCCAUCACAAUUUGGCCCUUGUCAAAGUCGCUCAGAUCCAUUCGCUUGCCUAUUUUUCCUGUUUCCAACACAAGAAAUUCAAGAACUGAUUGUUCAUUUGCUGCCUAAUAUAUCCCACCCCUUGACAGGUGCCAUUGUAACGAGAUAAUAAAUGUUAUUCACUUCACCUGUCAGUGGUUUUGAUGUUGUGGCUGAUCAGUGUAUGUGAUGAGCUUUUGACAUUUUACUUAUACAAACCAGCUUGUGAUAUUUGAAUUGCCUGACUUUACAUACAGUAACAUACUGCUCAUAUUAGAAAAUGCCUUGAGGUGACCUAUGGAGUAAUACUGUUAUGCUCUGCUGAAGAAGUGGACAGACACCGUGCCAAUCAUGAUUGUGAUCUCAGGUUAUUACCCUAUUAAGUUUUAAUAGAGAGCAGCUCAGCCUUUAUUUGUAUCCCUGCAGCUUUAGUUUCCCCUCCGAGUAACCUUUGACACAAUGACACAUUUGUAUGCAUUCUAUUUUUUUAUUAAUAAAUAGUGAUUGAUAGAAUGAUAAUUAAAUAUUUGAAUAUACAAUAAAGAUAAGCCUCCCAGAGUUCUAUGGACUGAAGGCAAAGUGCUAUAUUUGACACACAUCCACAGGACAAUCCCUGUCCGUCAAGCAUGGUUUAUGGAAGCACCAUGCUUUGGGGUUGCUUUGCAGCAGGAUGACCUGGAAAGCUCGGUGCCAUCAAAGCAUCAUGGAUGGAGUGUUAAAAUUUGCAGGUCAAAGGAACAAAAUGUAUAAAACUAAAUUUCAAGGAUCCCA